GCUUCGAUACCGUUUCGAAUUUCGUUUUGUUUUUACUGUUAACUUCCAGUUGCAUUCUCAUUGUUCUUGCAGUGUUGUGGAGCUUUAUUCAAGUAACUCUCGCGCAUGACUCGUUUAAGCCUGAAGUUGUAUUGAUGAGUUCACCAACCCUGGCAUUGUAAAAACAGCUCGGUUUAAGCUGCAAAAAUGAUGAUGUUGUGAAAAAGAAAUAAGAGAAGCAAACGGACAGCAAAUUCUGUGUAUCUUGUGUGGGUGUUAAUGUAAUUAAAUACAACUCUCGUCUAGUUAGAAGCGUUUAGGGGGCGCUUGAAGAGAUAUCGGAUGCGGAAAAUACUAAGCAAUAAAUGAAGCGUCGUAAACAAAUAAAGUGCACACAAACAGGAAAACAAAAGUCAGCAACAACAAACAACGUAUGGAAAAUUGCCAAAAAAUCAUAAAAAUCCUCGCCGAAGAUCGACAGCAACCUGCGAAUUUGUUGGGUAAACUUUUUUAGUAUUCCGGAAAGUAUUGCCGGCAAAACGAAAGGACGUGUGAGUAGCACGAAGCAGACGAAGCGCGCGGAAGACGAGCAAGCGACUUUGCAUAAAUCGCAACUGAAUCCUUUCAACAACCGACAAGCACUCACACGCAAACGCAUAACUUUAGUUGAGCAAAGAACGCUUUAAGGGCAACAACAGCAAGAACAACAAACAGCAAGCAAAUGCAAAUUGAAACGCCGUAAACAGCAACAAUCAAAACGAAAAGCAAUAAUAAUCUUAAAAAAACAUAAAUAUUUGAGGUAACUACAAGCAACACCAACAAUAACAACAUUAACAAAUAGCACACACACAUACACAUAACCACAAGUUAGUACAACAACAAAAGUGAAGUUUCACAACACCAAGUAACCAAAUCAAUCAGCAAAGCCAACAAGCAUGCCAGAGAGAGCAGCGAAGAUAUUUUGAUUUCGCACUCAAAUCUCGCAAAUCGCACAAAUCAGAAAUCAGAUUUCUUAUUUAAACUUCAGCUACAGCAGAAAACACAACAACAAACAAGCUGGUCGAGUCGAAGGCGAACUUUGCUGGGUGCUUGUUUGAUUUCUAUUAUUAUUAAAUUAUUUAUUUAUAUGUGUCAAGGCAGCAAAAUCAAAAGCAACCAUAAAAACAAAAGCAAAAAACAACAAAAACAUAGAGAACGUAUUCAAAGCCGUCAAGGGGUGCUCAGCAAUUGGUUACAUCGUAUUCGCCGCUUUAGCCGCCCGGCCAACCAUACAUAUGCCGAGUAUAAUGUGGAGUACAAUAUCGCCGACAAAUUCUAAGAAAUUACUUAUUGGCAGCACCCGAAGCGUCGACUAUGUCGGAAACAAUAACAAUCAGCAGCAGCAGCAAAUACAGCAACAUCAUCACCAAUAUCAUCGGCAGCAACGGCAGCAACCGCAAAUACAUAACGCAACGAAGGCAGCAGCAACAGCAACAACAACAAAUCAAACUGACAUUGCAACGGCCACUGUCAGAGCAGCAGCAGCAACAACAAGAGGAAGAGAAACCACAGCAGCAACAGCAACGCCCACAAUCACAGCCACAGCCACAGCAACAGCAACAAGCACAGCAGCGAACACACCGAAUCGUGCAGCAACAGCAGCAACAACACCAACAACAGCCAGCAAUAAAACCCAAUCGACGAAAAUCUCAAUCGCAAUGGAAAUUCACAUACAAAAUAAGUGCAUCUCAGCAUAGCGCAUCACUCUGGAGGGUGGCGCGGAGCCCCCAUGGCUGCAGGGCCCCCUUAAAGCGGCAUUUUUGGGGGCCUCUGGCGUCGGCAAAACC